AUGUCGAAUCCGAAUAUGGAACCAAUGCCAUUUCGGCGAAAAUUUGGUGCAAAUUCGCAAGAAACAGGCGGAAGAACUUUGGCUGAUUUGGAGAAACUCGCGGAACCCCCAAAAUACGAUCCUAAUGCGUUUAUUGGUAUGUUUCGAAUUUUGUGAUUUUCAAAAAAAACAAACAUUUAGAUGCAACUGGAUCGGCGAUUGUAAAACAAGUUGUAACAGGUGCUUGUAAAAAAUGUGGAUAUCCUGGACAUUUGACUUAUCAGGUAAAGUGUUGAUUUUUUUCGAUUGAUUCCUGGUCCUAUUCCACAAGUCUCAUUUUAUACAAAAUUUUUACAGUGUCGAAACUUCAUUCAACUCAAACCAAACACUUCUACAAUGGCAUAUGAACUUAGUUCAACUUCUUCAGAAUCUGAAAGUGAUGACGAAACUGUAUUUAGAAAAGACAAAGAGAAAAAGAAGAAGAAGAAAGAGAAGAAAAGCAAGAAAUCAAAGAAAAAAUCGAAGAAAAAAAGUAGAAAAUAUUCGGGUAGUGAUUCUGAAGAUGAAGAAAGAGAAAAAGAGAGGAAAAAGAAACGAAAACGGAAAUUGGAAAGUGAUUCAUCGGAUUCCGAAAAAGAGAAACACAAGAAAUCGAAGAAGAAGAGGAAGCGAAGAUUUUCUGAAAGUUCGGAAGAAGAUCGAAAGAAAAAAAGACGCGAUUGA